GCUUCAAAUUUAUUUUUGUGUGUUUUGGUCUGAUACACCCCUGUAAGUUUGGCAUUAAAGAAAAGUUAAAUUAAUGAAAAUCUAAUGCAGACCCUUGGCAUACUGUAGAAUGUAGACUUCUGUAACUCCAAACACUAUUGCAAACAUUGGUUUUCAGUAAAUCAACUUGAAUGAAUUGUGAGUCUUUGUACUAUACAGAAGAUACACCACUUGUUCUUGGCUUUGAACAAAUUGCAUGUCACCCAUGCUUGUUAAAGCACCAGAUAGUGCAUCAUACUUGUUUUUGCAUUAAAAACAUUUGGAAUGUUUUAAUGUGCGCGUUUUCUGAAUUGUGAGAAUAACAUACAGUAUACCAAGGACUGAUAGAAGCUGGGCUUGCUUGGAAGAACAUGAUCUAGUAAGCGAGUAAAUUUCAUCUGUAACCAUGCUUUUCCCAUUUAGAAUAUCAUUAUUAAACUUUUCUCUCUGUUAUUUGUGUGUGUGAUUUUUGUAGUGGAGAAGGCAAUUGCAGAGCCCCCUCCUUGAUGACUGAAACUGUGGGUCCUCUGCAGCGAACAGGGGAUUGUAGACAUUUACAAAAGGCCAGCAAGCAUUCGAGCCCCCGUGUUUUCCUGUUCUUUUUCCUGGUUCAGCCAGACCUAUUUACCAGGCCCUGCUGAAAAUACCACCCAACAGUUUUGUCUUCUGCAGCUAAUCCAGUUUCUCAAGUGCCCUUUAUAUGUUGUAUGUUUUUUCUAAGAUGGUAGACAGUAAGGUGAUUACUGAUUAUAUAAACCGCUAUGGGAUAUAAUUUCACAGAUUAUUCAUGGGGGAAUCUUGGGCACACAUUACCUGCUAAUGAGGGGGCUUUUGCUGGCACUAAACCUUUCUAUUUGAGGGCAUCCAGUUUUCUGUGCUCUUAUUGGGGGUGACAAGAAUGGAGGAUCAGAGGCCUAUUGAUGCUGUUGGCAAUAUGUUUUUCUUUUCUUUUUCUUUGCCCAUUCGGAAUCAGUUUGCACUCGAGUGACAUAACGUUCCCGUUAGCUUGUAUGUUAUUACACCAGGUAAGGAAUAAAAAGACCACGCGUCUGUGUUUUGAGACAUCCACGUUGACAGACUGGCACAACGUAGCCUACUUAACCCUAAGUAACCAGCAAAAGCCCAGGAAAGGGAAUCUUUAAAUUUCAGUCUGUUAAAUGUAUUUUACCUGUUUAUGGUAAGUGUAUACAAUUCAAAAUGAUGUACCAUGCUGUUGACCCCAAAAAUCAUAAACUCUUUUGUUUUGUGUAUCUUGAUUUUUCUGUGUGCUUUAUAGCGAAGCAGCUGACACGAGUCGCUUGUUCAUAAAACAUCUUUUGAAACUUGAGAGCACACCCCACUGGAGAACCGACUGUGCUUGCUUACGUUUGGUUCAUGACUAAAAAAUCAAGUACAGGUGAUAAAAUCUUGGCAGUGUUAACCAACAGUAGUGUGUAUUGUGAUAUUUAUUUUUCUAUUAAUUUCCAGCAAUAAUAUAUAGAAUCGGGUAAAGUUUUCAAAUUUGCACAACUCUGGAAAUACAAUAUUUUAAUGAUAACAUUACAGUUUUAUAGUUCGGAGAUUAAUAGUUUCAAAAACUAAGGAGCAGAAUUGAACGAUUCUUCUUUUUCUGGGUGUAUUUAUGUAUUUUAUGAUCUAAGAGUACAUUUUAAUGCUUGUUUGUUUUUCUGCAGGAGUAAUUCCUGAUGAGGCUAAAGCUUUGUCUUUGUUGGCGCCAGCAAAUGCUGUUGCAGGGCUGCUUCCAGGGGGAGGACUUCUGCCUACACCAAAUCCUCUAGCAUCGAUUGGAGGCGUUCCUUUGUCAGCUCUGGGGGGUCCCACACUUGACCAAGGCCUUGCUGCGUAUGGGUUGCAAGGAGCAAACUUAAAUUCUCAGUCUCUGGCAGCAGAUCAGCUUUUGAAGCUCAUGAGCAGCGUGGACCCAAAGUUGAAUCAUGUGACAGCAGGACUAGUGAACCCAGCAAUGAAAUCGGAUGCCUCAACUAAAGAAAUAGAAGAAGCUAUGAAGAGAGUCAGAGAAGCGCAGUCCUUGAUUUCAGCUGCUAUUGAGCCAGGAAAUAAGAAAGACGACAAACGAAAACAUUCAAGAUCCCGAUCUCCAUCUAGAAGGCGAAGAUCCCGUUCCCGCUCCAGACAUAGACGUUCAAAGAGCAGAUCUAGACGAAGGUCACAAUCCAAAUCAAGAAGUAGAAGGCGAUCUAAAAGUCCUAGGCGGCGGAGAUCACAUUCUAGAGACAGGAGCAGGCGUUCUAGAAGCAAAUCCAGGGAUAGAAAGAAAGAAGAAAAAGAGAAGAAACGGUCUAAAACGCCACCAAAGAGCUACAGUACUACUAGAAGAUCUCGAAGUCCAAGCAGGGACAGAAGGCGAAGAAGAAGUCGCAGUGUAACUCGAUCUCCUAAAAAGUCACCCAAAAGAAAGAUCUCCAAAUCACCCUCCCCUAGAAGGCACAAGAAGGAAAAGAAGAAGGAUAAGGAGAGAGAGCGAGACAGAGGUAGAGAAAGAGAGAAGGACCGAGACAGAAGCAGAGAUGAAAGGGAAAGAUCAACCAGCAAGAAGAAGAAAAGCAAAGACAAGGAAAAAGAGCGGGAGAGAAAAUCAGACGGUGAGAAGGGAGAUGUAAAGGUGACAAGAGAUUAUGAUGAAGAAGAGCAGGGGUAUGACAGUGAAAAAGACAAAAAAGAGGACAAGAAAGGUUCAGACUCUGCUUCUCCCAAGGUGAAGGAGUCUUCAGUUGAUAAAGGAAUGGGGGACACAGUAAGAGAAUCAAAAGUGAAUGGUGAUGAUCAUCAUGAAGAAGACAUGGACAUGAGUGACUGAAUGCAUCCGUUGCCUGUCAUGUGUUUAGAAGUGCUUAUGGCACAUUAGCAGACAUGUAUCAGUACCAUUCCUUUAGCUUUUUUGUUUUUUCAUAUGGCAGCAAGAAUAUGCUUGGUGCCUGUUGACUGGAAAACUGCAGUCUUAAAUGUACAGUAUAAAAAAAAUGAAUACAUUGGAAACAUUGCAUCAAAAAUCUGGGAGACUAAACCAGUUGGUUUCAUUUACAGUAGAUGGAAUGCCGUGUGCAUGGUGGUUGUGAAUUAUGUCCAUUUCAAUACUAAAAUACUGUAACAUCUUUUGUUACUGAUUUUGCCUAAUGGGGAAGUCACAUGGUUAUUUCUUCUGUUCAGUUAGUUAUAUAUGCUCUUUACAAGUGCUUUUUGUUUUUUUCUAUUUCUGUGCUUAGAGUGAGUAUAUAGAUAGGUAAUGCGAUCUCUUAUAUUUUUCAAAGUGUUUCUUUACCUGUGUGGAAUUAUCAUCUUUUGCUUAUGUAACAAAAUGCUAUUUCAAAAUAAACAUGUAAUGCACAGAUAUUACACUGGUGGGUAUGCAAGCUGUUGCCAUUAUGUAAAUACAUAUAAACAUUUCACUUUGUUUGAAAAUGACACAUCCAGAUAUUAAAUUCUGAGCCUUGUGACGGUAGUUUUGAGAAUUGGUUGUCAUUAGUUGCCCUGGUCUGAUUUUAUUUAUUCUUUUUAAUAAAGCUCUAUUGAUGUAUUUUCUGAUACUCUAUGUACAAGUUAUUGAUCUUGUUGCCCAUUGCUCACUGUUGUAUUUGGAUUAUACACAGAUCUGGUGAGUGCUCAGUCUUGUGGAGCUCUUUU